CUCAAUAAGGCCCACAUAACAAUUUCCUCACGAGGCAGCGUGGAGACGAGAGGGAGAGGCAGCCAUUUUUUCUUUUUUUUUUUCGCUCGUCGGAAUUUCGAAUCGGGAAACCUAACGGCGAGCGGCGCCUCCACCUCGCCGGAAUCCACCACCGAUGGAGGCCGCUCCGGCGGCGGCGGCGGGGAGGUACGGCAACCUCGAAAGGUCCUUCAAGCUCGCCGCCCGCUCCGUCCUCACCGCCUGCUCCCGCGAGGAUGUGAAGAGGGCUUUCCCGUCGUUUACGGAUGCGGAGAGGGAACGCUUGUACCAGAUGUUCAUUUACGUGAUCAAGUCUCUGCACAGCAACAUAGAGGAGGAAUUUGACAUACCCUGCCAAGAACUACAAGUUGCUGCUGCCCUUGAAAAGAUAGAUCAGUUUGUUGAAGAACAAAAGCUGGAUGUGCUGUCUUCAGACAAGACUAACAUUGAAGACACCAAGCAAAUGAUAUCAAAGGCUAAGAAAGAUGAAGUUGAAUACCUGAAAAGUCUAAUAGAAGAGGUUGAAGAGAAAAACAAUGCCAUGAAGGCUCGAAUUGAACUCUUGAAGAAAGAUGAUGAUUUGGCUGCAGGAAAACAAGUCCUUGAGAAGCUGAUGCAAUGCAAUUCUGCACUCUACAAUGGCCUUUGAGUUUCAGAUUUUUAGCCGAUCCGAUGAUUAUUUACUUGCUGGAGUGAAAAGACAUCUGUUGGAUAGCUGUGUAGUUUUAGAUAGGAUGUUGAUCCAGGAAUCGAGAUGGAUGCCCUGUAAUGUGAAACAAAUACUGCAGUCCGUAUGUUGGAUAUGGUUGCCACCUUGUUACCUCCCAGCUGCAUUCUGUUUCUUUUAAGUCUGUGCUUUCUAUAUGGUAUCUAUGGCUUGUUUUGUGAUCGUCCCGGAUAAAUGUGCAUUGUACUGGUACCCAUGUUCAUCCUUUUGCACAUGAGAUAUAUUUGGCUUGUGUUCACAGGCCACAAAUUUGCUGGUUUU